GGAGGCCAGGCGCGGGGGAGGAGCUGACUGCUAUAAAGGCACUGCUCGGCUGGCGGCCCCACUCCAGUCCGAACACAUGUGCCCGCCUCACCCGGCAGCCGCCACCGCGGGGCGCAGCGGAGACCCCUGGCCCGGCGGCCUGUGGGGACCUAAAGAGGCGGCAUGAGCAGCGCACGGUGGAGCUGACGCCGCGCCCCCUGCCCGGCCCAUGUCCUUCGCCAUGCUGCGUUCAGCGCCGCCGCCGGGUCGCUACCUGUACCCUGAGGUGAGCCCGCUGUCGGAGGAUGAGGACCGCGGAAGCGAGAGCUCGGGCUCCGACGAGAAACCCUGCCGUGUGCAUGCUGCGCGCUGUGGCCUCCAGGGCGCCCGGCGGCGGGCAGGAGGACGGAGGGCCGCGGGUAGCGGGCCAGGACCCGGGGGGCGGCCAGGCCGCGAGCCCCGGCAGCGGCACACAGCGAAUGCGCGCGAGCGGGACCGCACCAACAGCGUGAACACGGCCUUCACUGCGCUGCGCACACUCAUCCCCACCGAGCCAGCGGACCGCAAGCUCUCCAAGAUUGAGACGCUGCGCCUGGCCUCCAGCUACAUUUCUCACCUGGGCAAUGUGCUGCUGGUGGGUGAGGCCUGUGGCGACGGGCAACCAUGCCACUCGGGACCCGCUUUCUUCCACAGCGGUCGUGCGGGCAGCCCACUGCCACCGCCGCCGCCGCCACCACCACUGGCCAGAGACGGCGGCGAGAACACCCAGCCCAAACAGAUCUGCACCUUCUGCCUCAGCAACCAGAGAAAGUUGCCCACCUCCACCCCAAGGCUUAUGGGCACCUGCUGCCUCUCCCCUGGUCUACUGAGACCUGCAGUAGAGGGGCUAGGGGAGAAGGCUGAACUGAGAGAUGCUGGCCAGCCAUGAUUUACUGCUCUGGCCGCACUUGGUGGCACCGGAAAAGCAGGGUGAGCAGGGAAAAAAUACAACGGCUUUCCCCAAUCCCCAUUUCCUCUCCAGACAGCACGCGCAAGCUCCUGGGGCCUGAACAUCUGGGAAAUUUAAUUUUACAGUUUCGGCUCUGCAGCAGUAUACUCCCCUCCCCAAAAUGCACUGUGGGGGUGGCAGGAGCCCGGGAUGGGGUGCCCUAGCACAGGCAGUGCCCCCAACAGGAAGCCAGGAAGGUUCGGGCAGUGCUGGGUGACACUAAGUCUCCACUCAGACCCUGACACA